AAUUUUACAGAAUGUCUUUCGAUACGAUACCAAAAGAUCUACGUGGUUUACGUGCAUGCUUGGUGUGCUCCCUAAUUAAGACGUUCGAUCAAUUUGAAUAUGAUGGCUGCGACAAUUGCGAUGAAUUUUUGCGCAUGAAAAACAACAAGGACAAUGUUUAUGAUCAUACGAGUAACAAUUUCGAUGGAUUGAUUGCUUUGAUGAGUCCUGAGGAUUCUUGGGUUGCCAAGUGGCAGAGAAUAGGCCGUUUUACUCGAGGAAUAUAUGCCAUAUCUGUAUCGGGAACAUUGCCACAAGCAACAUUGCGAGAAAUGAAAAGUCGAGGCAUACCCUACAGACCCAGAGAUACAAGUCAACGCUAAGAGAGUUAUGGGAACUG